AUGGCUUCUCUAGGCACUUCUCUGCCAUUAUGGCGGUCCGUAGUGCCUCGUGCAUCCAAGGGCCUAUUCACCUGCCGCCAAUGUCUUCGAGACCAAGGCUACGCCGCGAAAUCCAUCCGUCGAUAUGGCGCAAUGCCAUCCCCUCAAUCCAGCAAAAUGCGACCUUCCCUCUUCUUCGAUAAAAACCGCCAGUUCUUCACUUCAGCGUUGAGAAAAUCUACAGCUGCCCCAGCAAUCGCAAAUGCAAUUGAGGAGGGUGCUUCCAAAGCAAAGUCGGAGAUGCCGAAGAUCAGCAACAAGUCCGUCGCAUAUUGGCUCCUGGGCAGUGCGGCCAGUGUCUUUGGUAUUGUUGUUUUCGGCGGUUUGACCCGUCUCACAGAAUCAGGAUUGAGUAUCACCGAAUGGCGACCUGUUACCGGCUCUAUGCCCCCAAUGAAUGCAGAGGACUGGGAAUCAGAAUUCGCCAAAUAUCGCGCAUCCCCCGAAUUUAAGCUUUUGAACCCGCAUAUGACCCUGUCUGAAUUCAAGUCUAUCUACUAUAUGGAGUGGAUCCACCGGCUCUGGGGCCGAUUCGUCGGUAUCUCGUUCGUCCUGCCUGCUGUAUACUUCGUCGCCCGCAAGAAGGUCUCCACCCCAAUGGCCUGGAGACUAUUCGGCAUCGCCGGUCUUAUCGGUUUCCAAGGUUUCCUGGGUUGGUGGAUGGUCAAGUCUGGACUGAAGGAUGACCUUUUUGCGCCAGGAAGCCACCCGCGUGUGAGCCAAUACCGCUUGACUGCUCACCUCGGCGCCGCAUUUACUUGUUACGUUGCUAUGUUAUGGAAUGGUCUUGCUAUCCUGCGUUCCCAUAAGCUGAUGAGUGAUGCCGCUGCUGGCAUCAAGCAGCUUGAGGCUCUUCGGGACCCACGUCUGGCGAUCUUCCGUCGUUCCGUCGCUGGUCUUGCUUUUCUGGUCUUCACUACUGUCAUGUCCGGUGGCCUUGUCGCUGGUUUGGAUGCCGGUCUCAUCUAUAACGAGUUCCCCUACAUGGGUAAUGGCCUCACGCCGCCCAAGAACGAGCUAUUUGAUGAGCGCUACUCUCGCCAUGAGGACCGCUCCGAUCUCUGGUGGCGCAACAUGCUGGAGAAUCCUUCCCUUGUCCAGCUCGAUCACCGAAUCCUUGCCAUGACCACCUUCACCUCUAUUAUGGCCCUUUGGGCUUACAGUCGCCGCUCACCUACUGUGAAGCGUCUGCUUCCCCCUGCAGCCCGUAAAGGAAUGCACGGCGUGGUUGGAUUCGCUUGUAUGCAAGUUGCUCUCGGUAUAUCGACUUUGCUGUAUCUGGUUCCCAUUCCCCUGGCCUCGGCCCACCAAGCUGGUAGUUUGUUCCUUCUUACUUGGGUGUUUGUGUUGGGCAGCCGCGUCUGGCAUCCAUCUCGUACCGCAAAGCUAUUGCAGAUGGCUGCCAAGGCCCGUAGCCAGCAGCUUUCAUCUUCUACUGCCGCUGGUAUGAAGAGGUUGUAA